UGUCCCCUGUGGUGUCCCCAUCUCUUGAGAUGUCUUUUUUGGUGUCCCCUGGUGUCCUACACGCACCCACCUCCUCCUACACAUCCCUAUUGUGUCCUUCGGUGUCCCUUUGUGUCCCCAUUUGUGUCCCCACCUCUUGAGAUGUCCAACUGGGGUCUUUUGAUGUCCCCAUCCCUUGAGGUGUCAUUUUUGGUGUCCCCUGGUGCCCUACACACACCCACCUCCUCCUUCACAUCCUCAGCAUGUCCCUUGGUGUCCCCAGUGUGUCCCCAACGAUGUCCCACCCCCCUCCCCCCCCUCUUCCUUUGUUUCCCCACCAUCACCCCUGGUUGUCCCCAGGCCUGGAGCUCCCGGUGGCCACCACACGUCCUGAGACAAUGCUGGGGGACGUGGCCGUGGCCGUGCACCCCAUGGACCCCCGAUACCAGCACCUCCAUGGCCGCCAUCUCCGUCACCCUUUCACUGGGCAGCUGCUGCCUGUUGUCACCGACCCCACGGUGGAGCCCACGAGGGGCACCGGGGCAGUGAAGGUGACACCAGGACACAGUCACCCCGACCUGGCCCUGGCACGUGCCCACGGGCUGCCUCUGCUCUCCGUCAUCGGGGAUGAUGGCACCAUGUGUCCCCCCGGGGGGGGGUGGCUCCAGGGCGUCCACCGUUUCGUGGCGAGGGACAAAGUGGUGACAGCUCUGUCCCAGCGCGGGCUGUACCGGGGCACCCAGGACCACGCCAUGACACUGCCCAUGUGCAGCCGCUCGGGGGACGUCAUUGAGUACCUCCUUAAGGACCAGUGGUUCCUGCAGUGUCAGGAGAUGGCACAGUGUGCCCGUGAGGCGGUGGUAUCGGGGCGUCUUCAGCUUGUCCCCAGGUUUCAUGAGAAGAACUGGAAGACGUGGAUGGACAACGUGGGGGAUUGGUGCCUCUCUCGACAGCUGUGGUGGGGGCACAGGGUGCCUGCUUACAAAGUGGGGGUGUCCCCCCCUGGCAGUGACCCCCCCGACAGGGGGCUCUGGGUGGUGGCACGCAGCGAGGACGAAGCUCGGGAUGAGGCUGCCCGCCUCUGCCAUGCCCCCCCCAGGGACAUAGAGCUGCAGCAAGACCCCGACGUCCUGGACACGUGGUUCUCUUCUGCUCUCUUCCCCUUCGCCGCCCUGGGGUGGCCCGAGGAGACCCCCGAUCUGCGUCGCUUCUACCCCACAACCCUACUAGAGACAGGCAGCGAUCUGCUCUUCUUCUGGGUCGCACGCAUGGUGAUGUUGGGACAGGAGCUCACCGGGCACCUGCCCUUCUCCCAGGUGCUGCUGCACUCGCUGGUGCGCGACGCAGCGGGGCGGAAGAUGAGCAAAUCACUGGGGAACGUCAUUGACCCCCGGGAUGUUAUUGGUGGGGCAUCGCUUCAGGAGCUGCAGGAGAAGCUGCGCCGCACUGUCCUCGACCCCCAUGAGCUGGCAGUGGCUUCAGAGGGGCAGAAGCGCCAAUUUCCCCACGGCAUCCCCGAAUGCGGCACCGACGCCCUUCGCUUGGCUCUGUGCUCCCACAACGUCCACGGUGAUGACAUCCGCCUGGACGUGGCCGCCGUGCUGAACCAACGCCAUUUCUGCAACAAAGUCUGGAACGCCGUCAAGUUCGUCCUCGCCUCCGUCGGUCCCCACUUCAUCCCUCGACCCCCCGAGGAGACGGUCCCACGCGCUCCCAUGGACCGGUGGGUUUUGAGCCGCCUGGCGCGGGCGGUGGGUGAAUUUGGGAGGAGGAUGGAAGCUCUGGAGGUGCACGGAGCCACAGCUGCUGCGCAGCAUUUCUGGCUCAGGUCCUUCUGCGACGUCUAUUUGGUUGGUGGCGCGUCUGUCUGUCCGUCCGUCUGUCCUGCGUUCGUCUCUGUUCUGCCCCGGUGUUGUGUGUCCAUCCAUUUCCACUCUCUUGCAUCUCGUUGGUGUUGAACCCCGUUGAUCGCGUCCGUCUGUCCAUCCCACUCAUUGCUGACUCUUAUCUACCACCGACCGCGUCCGUCUGUCCGUCCUACCCAACCUCUCUCAUCUCCUUGACUGUGUCCAUCUCUCCAUCCCACUCGUUGUUGGUCUUUUUCUAUUGUUGGCUCUGUCCGUCUGUCCAUCCCACCCAACCACUGCAUCUCCUUGACGUUGAUCGUCCUUGAUAGUGUCCAUCUGUCCAUCCAACCCAACCAUUGCAUCUCCUUGAUGUUGAUCCUCCUUGACCAUGUCCAUCUGUCCAUCCAACCCAACCAUUGCAUCUCCGUGAUGUCGACCCUCCUUGACCGCGUCCGUCUGUCCAUCCCGCUCAUCGUUGACCUUUGUCUACCACUGAUCAAGUAUCCAUCUGUCCAUCCAACCCAACCAGAUCUCCUCCAUCCUUCCCCCCCUCAACUUCCAUCUGUCCGUCUGUCCU